GGAUGAUGCUCUGCAAUUGAACCUCUGAGAAGCCCUAGCUUCCCAAUCCGAGAAAUGCCCGUCCUAAACCCUCAAAUUUACCGUUCAUUCUCCUCCCUUGCAUCUGCCGCCGAUGCCCAGCUUGCAGACAAAGCCCUAACCAUUCUCAAAAACCAUCCUUUCCGCCACUUAGAUUCCCUCUCUUCCCAGUUCACCCCUGAAGCAGCAUCCUGUUUACUUCUCAAGAUCCAAAAUGAUAAAACGCUAACCUUGAAAUUCCUCAAUUGGGCCAAACGCCACCCUUUCUUCACCCCCCAUUGUCAGUGCUUUACUCUCCAUAUUCUCACCAAGUUCAAGCUCUAUAAAUCUGCACAAACCCUGGCACAGGACCUUGCAGUUACCACUUCUGAUGACGCGGGCAGUUUCAUCUUCCAAUGCCUCAAGGAGACGUAUCAUUUGUGUGGUUCAAGUUCAUCUGUUUUUGAUUUGGUGGUAAAAUCUUAUGCCCAUUUGAAUUUGGUUGAUAAAGCUUCCAAUAUUGUUAAUUUAGCUAAAUUCCAUGGUUUUAUGCCCGGCGUAUUAUCUUAUAAUGCUAUCUUAGAUGCAUUAGUCAGGUGUAAAAGGCCUGUUAGAUUGGCUGUGGAGCAUUGUAAGGAGAUGAUCAAGGGUGGGGUUGCCCCAAAUGUGUUUACUUAUAAUAUUCUGAUUAGAGGGUUUUGUGUAGAAGGGAAUUUGGAAAUGGGUUUACUGUUAUUUGAUGAAAUGGAAAGGAAUGGAUGUUUGCCUAAUGUGGUUACCUAUAAUACACUGAUUGAUGCAUACUGUAAGUCAAACAAGAUUAAUGAUGCAUAUAAUUUGUUGAGGUCGAUGGCAUUGAAGGGUUUGGAGCCAAACUUGAUUUCAUAUAAUGUGAUAGUUAAUGGCUUGUGCAGAGAAGGGAGAUUGAGGGAGACAGGUGAGGUUCUUGUAGAGAUGUGUCGGAAGGGUUUUGUUCCAGAUAAGGUUACUUAUAAUACUCUUAUAAAUGGGCAUUGUAGGAAAGGAAAUUUUCAUCAAGCCCUUGUGUUGCACGAGGAGAUGGUGAAGAAUGGCUUGUCUCCAAAUGUUGUUACAUAUACUUCAUUGAUUAAUAGUAUGUGUAAGGCUGGGAAUAUGAGUCGAGCAAUGGAAUUUUUCAAUCAGAUGCAUGUUAGAAAACUUCUUCCUAAUGAGAGAACAUAUACAACUCUGAUUGAUGGGUUCUCACAACAAGGAUUUCUGAAUGAAGCAUUUCAUGUUUUGAAUGAAAUGACUAAGAAUGGAUUCUUGCCUUCAGUAGUUACUUAUAAUGCUCUAAUUAAUGGGUAUUGCAUACUUGGAAGGGUAGAAGAGGCUUUAAGAUUGUUAAAGGAAAUGGUUGAGAAAGGUUUAGCCCCAGAUAUAGUAAGUUAUAGUACAAUUAUUUCUGGGUUUUGUAAAAAUAGGGACCUGGAGAGAGCAUUCCAAAUGAAGCAGGAGAUGGCUGAGAAAGGAAUUUCACCAGAUACCAUUACAUAUUCAUCCCUCAUUAAUGGUCUUUCUGAGCUGGGUAGACUCCAUGAAGCUUGUAAUCUUUUCCAAGAGAUGGUGGAUUUGGGCCUAUGUCCCGAUGAAUUCUCAUAUACAAGUUUGAUUAAUGGUUACUGCAGAGAAGGGGAUAUAAGUGAGGCUCUAGAUUUGCACAACGAAAUGGUUCGGAAGGGUCUCUUCCCAGAUGUUGUUACUUACAGUGUGCUUAUUAAUGGACUUAAUAAACUAGCUCGUACAAGGGAAGCUAAGAGGCUUUUGUUGAAGUUGUUUUAUGAGGGGUCUGUCCCAAAUGAUGUCACAUAUGAUACACUAAUAGAAAACUGCAGUAAUAUUGAAUUUAAAAGCGUGGUAGGUCUUCUAAAGGGAUUCUGUAUGAAAGGUUUGAUGAAUGAGGCUGAUCGAGUUUUUGAGUCAAUGCUUCAGAAAAAGAACAAACCUGAUGAAUCUGUCUAUAAUGUCAUUAUACAUGGUCAUUGUAGAGGUGGUGAUGUUAGAAAAGCAUAUGAUCUCUACAGGGAAAUGGUAAAUUCUGGUUUUAUUCCUCACACUGUGACUGUUAUUGCUUUAGUUAGAGCACUAUUCAUGGAUGGCAAGAAUGACGAAUUAAAUCAGGUGAUAAAGAAUACCUUGAGAAGCAGUAGGCUUACUGAUGCUGAGCUUGCAAAAGUUCUUGUUGAAAUCAAUCAUAAAGAAGGGAACAUGGAUGUGGUUUUCUACAUGCUUACUGAAAUGGCCAAGGAUGGUCUUCUUCCAAAUAGUGGGUCAACUGCUUAUGCUGGGAACAAAGUCUAACAUAGUUAUAUACCCCACGGAGCAUUGGAGAGAAGCAUGCUUUCUUUAAUUUGCAUUUUGAUGUCAUUAAGGCUAAAGAGUUUCCUGGUAUAAUUGUCUUCAAAUGCUAACAAUGCUUGGCUAGUUCUUUCCUUUUUGCCUCAUAAGCAACAAUCUCCAAAGCACAGUCAGUUGGAAUUCCUUAUUUAGGACAGACUUGUCUAUUCUUUGCACCAACUAAAGAGGAAUAAAAUUUUGUGCUGGAGGAUAGAGGAAAACUAUGUGGCAGGCCACAGGCUAUUCUGUAUUUGUUGACUUCAAAACUUCUCCAGACUGAGAUAUAGGAUUUAAGAUCACAUAUACAUUCACACAUUAUGGGGAAAGUCUAUACUCUAUAAGCAAUGAAUCUGUGCUCAUGAUCAUAUGAGAAGAACUUAUCUGCUUCAUAACAGGCUACUUUCCUUUUGAAAUGGGGAAACUUCAUCAUAGAGAACCUCAAGGAAAGCAGAAGCACAUAAUAAAACCUGCCAGCACGGUAAAGAUCCUAAAUGCCGGAGGAAUGAUAAACAUUCAUUUGCGUGGAAAUGUUGUAACUGAAGUUGUACAAGAUGUAUCCCCUCGGCACUCUUGUAUAUUCAUCCAACAAUUUUAUUUCUUCAUAAUGCGUUGUCAAUGUUUUAAUCCUAAGAUGGGUUAACCAAUCCAAACUGGCAAAACUUUUUGCCUAAUCUAUAAAUAAAGUAUUAACUUGUCA